AUUUCCCAGCGGACCGAGCGGCUACGCUGACGCACGCAUGCGCCCUCGCGCCUCUUCCAGCUCGGGUUUGACCUACAGCCGCCCGGGAGAAGAUGGCCGCUCCCGCAGUGUCAGGGCUGUCCCGGCAGGUGCGAUGCUUCAGUACCUCUGUGGUCAGGCCGUUUGCCAAGCUUGUGAGGCCACCUGUUCAGAUAUAUGGUAUCGAAGGUCGCUAUGCCACUGCUCUUUAUUCUGCUGCGUCUAAACAGAACAAACUGGAACAAGUAGAAAAGGAAUUGUUGAGAGUGGCGCAAAUUUUGAAGGAACCCAAAAUGGCUGCUUCAAUUCUGAAUCCCUAUGUAAAGCGUUCCAUUAAAGUGAGAAGCCUGAAUGACAUGGCUGCAAAAGAGAAGUUUUCUCCCCUCACGUCCAACCUGAUCAAUUUGCUCGCUGAAAAUGGUCGCUUGAAUAAUGCCCCUGGAGUCGUUUCUGCCUUUUCCACCAUGAUGAGCGUCCACCGAGGAGAAGUACCUUGCUCCGUUACCACUGCAUCUCCUUUGGAUGAAGCAACUCUUUCUGAAUUAAAAACAGUGCUCAAGGGCUUCCUCAGUAAAAACCAGAUACUGAACUUGGAAGUUAAGAUCGAUCCAUCAAUCAUGGGUGGGAUGAUUGUUCGUAUUGGAGAGAAAUAUGUUGAUAUGUCUGCAAAAACCAAGAUUCAGAAGCUGAGCAGGGUGAUGCGGGAGGUUUUCUGAAAGUCUUGAUUUUCUGUCAGUGAAAAUUCUGAAACCUGGAGCAACAAUAAAAUGCUUCCUGAACAGAACA